AUGCUCAAUAAAGAGACAUUGAUAUUUGAUUUGUGGGCUUUUGACACGCUGGGAAUUUUAGAUCCUUUAAAAGACAAAACUAAAUUGGAUUUUCAAGAAGAAGCAAGUAAACAUUUCUUAUCUGCAGUUAAAAUAAAUAAAGAAGGUCGUUUUCAAGUAUUCUCACCGUGGCUUCGUGAUCAUCCGCCCUUGCCAGAAAAUUUUGAUUUGGCUAUUAAAAGAUUAGAUUCGACUGUUAAACGAUUGAAAGCUGAUAAUCUUUAUGAAGAAUGUGGGGAAGGGUUUUGUGAGUGGGAACGAGAAGGAAUAAUAGAAUCUGUAGCGAAAAAUGAAAUUGAGUUACGUUGUCAUUACUUACCUCAUCAUCACGUAGUCAAAGAAAACAGUGUAACAAAGAUUCGACCAGUAUUUGACGCUUCAGCAAAACAGAAAGGAGCACCGAGUCUAAAUGACUGCCUUGGAAAGGGUUGUUGA